GAGCUCCAAGAUGGCUGCUCCGGCUCGGGCUGGUGAGUGUGCGAGAGCGGCGCGCGGCGGCGGCGGUUGGCGCAGCGAGGCUCCCUGCGGGAGCACAGGUCUGACGGGAGCCCCGGGGCCGGGAAGCACCUGGCGGCGUUUUCCCGCCGCGCAGGUUGCAAAGUAGGGGCUUGAGGGAGGUAGAGGGGGCUGCGGACCCACUGAGGAGAGCGAGCCGAGGGGCGCGUGGAGGCGGCGGCGGUCCGGCGAAUUGAGAAUUGGUGCCUCUUGGAAGUUUGGUUUUCAGAUGCUUCAAGAAUGAACAGAGACUGAUUUGGAUUAUGUGUUUCUCAGCCAGUCUAAAUAGAUGUUAACAAUGGAUAAGUGUAAACACAUUGGACAGCUGCAGCUUGCUCAAGACCAUUCCAUUCUCAGCCCUCAGAAAUGGCACUGUGCGGACUGCAAUACAAGUGAGUCAAUUUGGGCUUGCCUUAGUUGUUCCCAUGUUGCCUGUGGAAGAUACAUUGAAGAACAUGCUGUGAAGCACUUUCAAGAAAGCAGUCAUCCUGUUGCAUUAGAGGUGAAUGAUAUGUAUGUUUUUUGUUACCUUUGUGAUGAUUAUGUUCUUAAUGAUAAUGCAACUGGAGACCUGAAGUUACUACGAAGUACAUUAAGUGCAAUCAAAAGUCAAAAUUAUCACUGCACCACUCGUAGUGGAAGGAUUUUACGAUCUGUGGGUAUAAGUGAUGAUUCUUAUUUCUUACAUGAUGGCGCCCAAUCUCUGCUUCAAAAUGAAGAUCAAAUGUAUACUGCUCUUUGGCACAGGAGAAGGAUCCUAAUGGGUAGAAUUUUUCGAAUUUGGUUUGAGCAAUCACCCAUUGGAAGAAAAAGACAAGAAGAACAAUUUCAGGAAAAAACAGAAAAAAGAGAAGUGAAGAAAAGACGGCAAGAAUUAAAGUAUCAAGUUAAAGCAGAAUUGGAAAGUAUGCCUCCAAGAAAGAGUCUACGUUUGCAAGGUCUAGCUCUGUCCACAAUAGAAAUAAUUCCUGUUCAAGAACCGCUACAAACCUCAGCAUCACCAGCAAAAGAUAAAGUAGUAUCUACCUCAGAAGACGUAAGAUUUAAAAAAGCCAGUGACCCCUCAAUUAAACGAAGGCCGAUUGUAACUCCUGGUGUAACAGGAUUAAGAAAUUUAGGGAAUACUUGUUAUAUGAAUUCUGUUCUUCAAGUGUUGAGUCAUUUACUUAUUUUUCGACAGUGUUUUUUAAAACUUGAUCUGAACCGAUGGCUGGCUGUGACAGCUAAUGAUAAGACAAAAUCAUCUUAUAAGCAUCCACCAGUCACAGAUACAGUAUAUCAAAUGAAUGAAUGCCAAGAAAAAGAUACAGACUCUGUCCACUCCAGACAUCCAAGUUUAUCAUCCAGACUGAGUGGUGGAGCAUCAAAGAGUAGAAAGAUGGAACUUAUUCAGCCAAGAGAGUCGAGUUCACAAUACAUUUCUCUCUGUCAUGAAUUGCAUACUUUGUUCCGAGUCAUGUGGUCUGGAAAAUGGGCCUUGGUCUCACCAUUUGCUAUGCUACACUCAGUGUGGAGGCUAAUUCCUGCUUUUCGUGGUUAUGCCCAACAAGAUGCUCAGGAAUUUCUUUGUGAACUUUUGGAUAAAAUACAACAUGAACUCGAGACAACUGGUACCAUGUUACCAGCUCUCAUCCCCUCUUCUCAAAGGAAACUUAUCAAACAGGUUUUGAAUGUUGUGAAUAAUAUUUUUCAUGGACAACUUCUUAGUCAGGUUACAUGUCUUGCAUGUGACAAAAAAUCAAAUACCAUAGAACCUUUUUGGGACUUGUCGCUGGAAUUUCCUGAAAGAUACCAAUGCAGUGGAAAAGAUAUGGCUUCCCAGCCAUGCCUGGUUACUGAAAUGCUGGCCAAGUUCACAGAAACAGAAGCUUUAGAAGGAAAAAUCUACAUGUGUGACCAGUGUAACUCAAAGCGUAGAAGGUUUUCCUCAAAACCAGUUGUACUCACCGAAGCCCAAAAGCAGCUUAUGAUUUGCCACCUACCUCAAAUUCUCAGACUACAUCUCAAACGAUUCAGAUGGUCAGGACGUAAUAACCGGGAGAAGAUUGGUGUUCAUGUUGGCUUUAAAGAAAUCUUAAAUAUGGAGCCCUAUUGCUGCAGGGAGUCCGUGAAAUCCCUCAGACCUGAAUCUUUUAUCUAUGACUUAUCUGCUGUAGUAAUGCACCAUGGGAAAGGAUUUGGCUCAGGACACUACACUGCCUACUGCUAUAAUUCUGAAGGAGGGUUCUGGGUACACUGCAAUGAUUCCAAGCUAAGCAUGUGCACUAUGGACGAAGUAUGCAAGGCCCAAGCUUAUAUCUUGUUUUAUACUCAGCGAGUUACUGAGAAUGGACAUUCUAAACUCUUGCCUCCAGAACUCCUGUCUGGUAUCCUACCUCCUAAUGAAGAAGCUGAUACCUCUAAUGAAAAGUUUAGUUGAUUCAAAGACAAUGGGGCUUCUUGUGAUUUGUAUAUAUAUUUUCUCAAAGGGGUUACUUACAAGUUUGAGCUUCAUUUUUAUUUUUUACUUAUGAAUCAUUGUACACUAUGUUUAUAUAUUUUGUUAUCUAUCUACAAGUCUUUUUACAGACACAAAGCAUAAAUACAUGUAUAUAUCAAUGAUAGUAGGUAACUAAAUUGUUUUCAAGUACUUGUGAGUUUUAAGCUUUUAGUAUUUACCUUUUAUAUUUUGUUUUAAUUGGCUCAGAUCAUGAAUUUGUGCAAUUUUUUACUGAAGUUCGGAUGACAUCAUUUUAUACAUUUAUCUUUUGUAGUUAUUUUCUAUACAAAUUCUUAUUCAAUGGAAAAUUAUACU